AAACUAUGUAGAAAGGUUGAAUUUUGACUAUUAAUAAUGGCCUCUAAAAACGAACCUAAGACCUGAGUUAUUACAUGGCGACCCUGCUUAAAAGGCCAAAUUACUACAAUAUUUUAAAUUAAAAUACCUACUGAAGAAUAAUUAGUAAAGAAGAUGGGAAAAUCACAGUCGAAAGUUGAUGAGACAGUUGUAAUUGCCCAAUCCGCAUCUGGUGAUGCCACUACUAAAAACUCGAGCCAGGCAUUCUCUUUGACAGACACCUUAUUAAUCGUACUUAUUGCUGUAGCUCUAACAGUACUGUUGUAUUUUAUUAUUAAAAAGUACAAGAAAAAUAUGAGAAGAACCAUCAGAAGAGAAAUUGCAAAAGAAGAAUUAAGACGCUCAAGAAAUAAUAUUAUGGAACACGACCAAUAAUUUUUUUAUUUUAGGUUUUUUUUUUUUAGGUUAUUGCUGGUUAAAAAUUGUAUAAAAAGGACAUAAAAUUAUGGAUAAACUGAUGUGACUAGAAGUUAAAAGUAUAAUAAUAAGGUCGUAAAAAUAUAUACAUACAUAUAAAUAUGAAGAAUAAGCGCUUUUCAGGAUGGCCGUAGAGGUAAAUCGUAUCAGUGAGAUGUUUCGUGGAAAGACGGUGUUUAUAUCCGGAGCCACUGGAUUUCUGGGUAAAAUCCUGAUUGAAAAACUGCUGCGAGUUACUGAAGUUAAGACACUUUAUUUGCUGGUAAGGCAGAAGAAAAUGAAAUCGCCUAAGGAUAGGGUACAGGAAAUGUUCAACCACGUGUUAUUUUCCCGACUAAAAAAAGAACGUCCGUCCAGCACAUCCAAAUGCGUAGCUAUCGCAGGUGACGUGACCCAAUUGAACUUAGGCCUAAGCCAAAAUGAUAGGGAAAUUAUCCAGAACGAAGUCGAUUUUAUCUUCCACUCGGCCGCCACUACCAGGUUCGAUGAUACCGUAAGAACCUCCGUCAAAAUGAACACUUUGGGUACCAAGUACAUGCUGGAUCUUGCUAAGGGAUGCAAAAAAUUACAGCUUUUUGUGCAUGUUUCAACCGCUUACGCGUUUCCAAACGAAUCGGUUUUAUACGAGAAGCUUUAUGACCCCCCAGCAGAUCCACAUGCAGUUCUAGACAGUCUAGAGAAAAAUGAACAAGUAUCUGAAGAGUUUUACAAGAAUCUUAUGGGUGACUGUCCAAAUACUUACACCUUCUCCAAAGCUUUAGCAGAAGGACUGGCGAGCGAGCAAAUGAAUAGUUUACCGAUAAUAAUUGUCAGGCCAGCCGUAGUGAUACCCACCUGGAAAGAGCCGAUUCCUGGAUUCUUCAAUAACCUUCAGAGCCCUAUGGGGAUUUUCGUUGGGGCAGGCAAGGGCGUCAUUCGGUCUGUGUACAUGGACAGUAAAUCUUAUGCCAACCUGAUUCCAGCCGAUAGUACAAUAAAUGUUAUGUUGGUUGCUGCCUGGGACUAUUUAACCACUAAAAAACAAAGAGUUUUCAACCUCUGCGUCCCCCAAGAAGACCUCUCAAUAAACUGGGAAGAUAUUAUCGAGAUGGGGAAAGAAGUGAUCCAUACAAAAGUACCAUUUAAUCAAAUCGUUUGGUAUCCUGGUGGGGUGAUGACCAAAAACCAAAUCUGGCAUUAUUUCAAUGUGGUGCUGUUUCAGUUGAUACCAGCUGCAUUUAUUGAUUUACUACUGGUAUGUCUAGGAUAUAAGCCUGUGUUAAUAGGCGUUAAUCAGAGGUUGCUUAAAGGACAGGACAUGUUCCAAUAUUAUACUAUGAAAGUAUGGGAUUUCAAUACGGAGUAUUUUUUGAAUAUGCGAAGAAAGCUGAACGAAGUUGAAAAAAAGAUUUUUAAGGUGGAAGCAGAAAAUGUGAACAUCAAGGAAUAUUUAGCAGAUUGUAUUUUGUAUGCCCGAAGGCAUAUUUUUCAUGAGACAGACGAUAGACUUCCUGCAGCAAAAAGAAAUUUAAAAUUGUUUUUCGUUUUGGACCGAAUAGUGAAGAUUGGAUUUUUUUUCAUGCUGAUUAAUUAUGUCUAUAGGCUCUUUUUUUAACCAAUAUUUGUUACAAUUACCAAAAAAUGGAUGUGAUCUAAUCAAAAUCAGCUAUAUUAGCUACGUUAUUAUUUUUAGUAUGUAUGUUUAUGGUAUAAAAAAUAAAUUGUGGUAUUAAUAUUAA